UUUGGUUUUGUGGACCAGAAUUCAAAGAUUCGAACAGACAGUAAUUUCUGCCCUGUACAAUGGCGUCGUUGAUAUGUAUGGUGUCCGUGUUAUCUCUGUAUCUAAUUGUCCCGUUCUGUAGCGGUGUACCAGGAAAUGUACGAGUUCGCGACAUCACUGAUGAUCUCAACCAGUUGAUGAGUCUGGCGGGAGGGGAUUACGACAAUUUGGCUCAAUAUAACAGCGAUAUCGCCCGGGGAUUGCCGCCUAAAGAUAGGCACAUGCACCUACACGCAAAGUUUUACGAGACGAAAAUUCCAGCGCUAGGAGACAACAGUUUUUUCUACGUCCAGGAGCACGAGAACGGGGAUCCUACUCAGGUUUACAGCCAGAGUAUCAAUAGCUUUUAUAUUAAUAUCACAACAUGGGUUAUACGCAUGCGCAUCUACAAAUUUGUCGAUCCCGCCACGGCUAAAAAGUACAUCAACGCCUUUGAUCAUCCCGUAAUUUUCGACCAACUUCAACCGAGCGAUCUCAAGUUUAAUGAUGAUUGCGGUGUCACGUGGACGAGACUUGGGCCAGAGUUAUUCGUGGGGAAAAUGACGAUGGGCGCAUGCGUAUUGCCGUACAAGGAUACAAAUAUCAUCAUUUAUGACGAGAACUUCCUGUCUAAAUCUUACCUGACUGUCCACGAGCAGUGGUUUGUGAAAUCCAACGGUACCGAGAUUCUCGGCAAACUCUCGCCUUACAACGAGACACGGCAAAUCAUGGAACCGCCAUUUUCUCGUCUGGCUGUCAAGGGAGUCAAACUGUGAACAAAUA